AUGGCUCCGGAACGCACAAUCACGCUGCCGCCGCUUGUGCUUUUCCAGGAGUCAGGGAGAAGUCCCGGACGACAGCGGAGAGAGGACAAAGUGCGGCUCCGCCCCCCGCCUCGCCGAGCCAAUCGCAGGGGAGGAACGGCAGACAGAGAACGUGCCCGGCGCGAGGUCCUCCGCCAUUGGCUCGCGCUCCCGUCCAUCUCGACCCGGCCCGCCCUUACCUCACAAUCGGGCGAAGAAUCUCCGCCCCCUGCCCCGUUUCUUCGCCGGGUGCCGCCGCUGACUGAAUACCUUUCGCGGAGAAGCGGCGGGCGGGGACCGUCGACCGCGGGGGACGCCGGCCGGGCUUCUGCUGUGGGCGACGCGGCUUUUUCCUUGGCAGUUAUCUCCGCCGGCGCUGCCUUCCUCCUGGACCGGCCGGGAGAAGGGGGAGAGACUGCGCACGCGCGGCGAGCGGCUCUUGCGCGAGCCGGCCUUCCGCGCAUGCGCGGGACCGAGCCAGCGGAGAACGGCGUCUCCUGCGCGCACGCGCAGAAUUGCAAGGCAGGGAGGUGGAAGACGCGCUCCCACGGAAUUUUUGCGCUUGCGCAGAUAAUAGGCAUCGCAGUCGAGGCGAAAAUGUCUCAGGAUACAUACUUGUAUGACGUCCCAGAUACUUGCGUGAACUUCAAGGAGCUGAGCGAGGAGGAUGGUGUUGAUGCUUGGUUUGAUUAUAAAGCGGGUCUUUUGAACACCCCUUCCAAUGAUGCGGCAGCUGCGGCAACAGACAUCUUCCCCAAAGCAGCCUUGUCAAGGGCUAACCUUCCGCGAGCGAUCGUCUCACCAAUGAUGAAAUGCGACGAGGCUCCCACUGAAAAUCAUGCCCCUGAAGGGUCCUACAGGGUGCCACCAAAUUUGUUCACUUCCAUGGCAGAUUGGAACGGCAGGUCAAACGACGCUGCUGCUGCUCCUUCAACGGCGGCUGGAAGGGUACCAAGAAGGCUCUCAGCUCAGCGAAAGGUUACCCCGCGCAGGCUGGCGACCAAGAACAGAGUGGAACAAUGUGCCGGCACCCUGGCUAACCAACAAGACGCUCCUCCUCCAAAGAAGUCGAAAAUGUCUGACAGCAGGGAGAAACUGGGCGAAAUUGCCGUGAACAGGAGCGUUUCACCAGCGAGGGCCAAAGCGAAGGGAACGGGGCCCAGCCGGCCAGCAACUCCCAAGCGGAAUCCAUCGGCCAAGCUGAAGUCCACCGAGGAGCAGGAGCUGGAACGGAUGCAGCAGUUGCAGCAGGCGGUGGCUGAAAUGCGCCGGAAGAACGAGGAGUCUCUCAGAGCUGCCAUUGCUGGCCCAGGGCAACCUGUGAAGAAGAUGGUGACCCACCUAACCAAGCCAGUGGACUUUCACUUCAGUACAGACGACAGGAUUAAACAGCACGGCGAAAGCCAGCCGGGGACAGAGUACAAGGAGGUGGAUUUUGCAGCUGUCCUGAGGAAACACCCGCCGUCUCCGGCCCGCGUGGCAAAGGGGGGCACGGUCCCAAAGCCCUUCAAUCUGUCUCAGGGCAAGAAACGGAAGCACGAAGCGACUGCCCCCGAGUUUGUGUCUUUGGCUCAGCAGAUUGAGAAGUUCCAGAGAAGCACCCCCUCUCGCUACCAUCUGCGAAGCAGGAAAGUGGAGGAAGCACCUCCAAGAAGGCCCCUGAAGGCCAAGCUGACCAACCCCAAAACUCCCCGCCUGGAAACCAAGAGUCGCUUGAGGCCCGUCACCUGUAAGAGCGCGGCGGAGCUGGAGGCCGAGGAGCUCGCGGCCCUCCAACAGUAUAAAUUCAAAGCUCAGGAGCUCAACCCCCGGAUCUUGGAGGCCGGGCCCAUCUUGCCCAAGAAACCUCCGGUGAAAGAGUCCACCAAACCCAUUGGAUUCGACCUGGAGAUUGAAAAGCGGAUUCAGGAGCGCGAGAGCAAGAAGCCGCAGGAGAAGGAGCACUUUGAGUUUCAUUCCAGGCCGUGCCCAGCCAGAAUCCUGGAGGAAGUUGUGGGCGUACCAGAGAAAAAGCCACUGCCAAUUACAGUUCCCAAGUCCCCAGCGUUUGCACUCAAGAACAGGGUUGGUGCCCUGGCUAGAGAAGAGGAGAAGGAGAAGGAAGAGGAAGUGGUCCCUGUGAUCAAAGCCAAACCCAUGCCUCACUUUGGAGUACCCUUCAAGCCCAAAGCUCCUGAGAUAAGGCAGGUGGAAAUGUGCCCGUUUUCCUUUGACUCCCGGGACAAAGAGAGGCUGCUCCAGAAAGAGAAGAAGAUCGAAGAGCUUCAGAAAGAAGAGGUGCCUAAGUUCAAAGCCCACCCCGUACCUCAGUUUGACCACGUCAGCUUGCCAGAGAAGAAGGUGAAGAGCCCAACCAAGCUGGAGCCUUUCCAGCUGCAGAUUGACCGGCGAGGGGCCGUGAAGCAGGAGCUGUGGCAGCAGCAGAUCAAGGAGGAGCUGAAGCAGCAGAAGGAGGCGUCCUCAUUCAAGGCUCAGCCCAGCUCCGUGCUCCGCCAGGAGCCCUUCGUGCCCAAGAAGGAGAGCAAACCUCUUUCAGUUCCCGAGAGUUUUGAGCUGGCCACGGAGAGGCGGGCCCGAGAGCGUCAGGAGUUUGAGAAGUUGCUGGAGAGCGCCGAGGCCGAGAAGGCCCGGGUCCAAGAGGAGGCCAGGCGCAUUGAAGAGGAGCAAGAGAGAGAGAGGCUGGCCAGGCUCAGGGAAGAGCUGGUGCACAAAGCCAACCCGAUCCGCAGGUACCAGAAUGUGGAGGUCAAGCGUAGCGAUCAGCCCCUGACGGUGCCAAAGUCCCCCAACUUUUCGGACCGAUUUCGGUGCUGAUGACUG